AAGAAAUUUGCUAAUAAGCACUCGAAUUAUUUUUCUAUUUACAGCCAUAGGCCAAGUAGACAAAGCCAAAAAUUAGUGUCAUUUUUCUAUUACGCCACCUUCGUUCUUCGGAGAGACUGAUCAAAAACUUGAAAUUUGAAAAGGGUCUCUCUUCUCUCUCUAGGGCUUCAUUUAACACACACAGACUGCUACAUCGCCAAUCGCCAUGUACAGAACUGCCGCCUUUCGACUUAGGUCUCUCAAGGGCCGUGUAGGGAAUUCGGGUGCCGCGAGGUAUGCGACGGCGAGCGGAGUUGCUACAAGACCAACCUCAGGGGGUUUCUUUAGUUGGUUGACUGGGGAACGAUCAAGUUCUCUUCCUCCUCUAGAAAUCCCUCUCGCAGGCGUCAACCUGCUGCCUCCGCUACCUGAUUAUGUUGAACCUAGCAAGACUAAGAUUACAACUCUUCCCAAUGGAGUUAAAAUUGCUUCUCAAACAUCGACGAGUCCUGCAGCUUCUAUCGGGUUAUAUAUCAAUUCUGGGUCCAUCUAUGAGGGUCCAGGGACACAUGGGGCUACACACUUGCUGGAACGGAUGGCCUUUAAGAGUACAACCAAUCGGAGCCACUUGAGGAUUGUGAGAGAAGUGGAAGCAAUUGGUGGAAACAUAAAUGCUACAGCCUCUAGGGAGCAAAUGGGAUACACUUUUGAUGCUCUGAAGACCCAUAUACCUCAGAUGGUUGAAUUGCUUAUUGACUCGGUCAGAAAUCCUGCCUUCUUAGAUUGGGAAGUCAAUGAAGAGCUCCGAAAGGUGAAAGCUGAGAUUGGAGAACUGUCUAAUAACCCCCAAGGAUUACUCUUGGAGGCAAUUCAUUCAGCUGGUUAUGCUGGUGCAUUGGCAAAUCCUCUUUUGGCUCCCGAAACCGCACUACACACACUGAAUGGAAGUUUUUUGGAGCAUUUUGUUGCUGAGAAUUAUACUGCUCCACGGAUGGUUCUGGCGGCAUCUGGGGUUGAACAUGAGGAGUUAAUUUCCAUUGCGGAGCCACUUUUGUCUGAUCUACCAAGUGUUCCCUGUUCCGAGGAACCUAAAUCCGUGUAUGUUGGAGGAGAUUAUCGUCGUCAUGCAGAUAUAGGGAGCACACACGUUGCCCUUGCUUUUGAAGUCCCUGGUGGUUGGCGUGAGGAAAAGCAAGCUAUCCUUUUGACUGUUCUUCAGUUGCUUAUGGGAGGAGGUGGUUCGUUCUCUGCAGGGGGUCCUGGAAAGGGAAUGCACUCAAGGCUAUAUCUCCGAGUAUUGAAUGAGUACCAACAGAUUCAGUCCUUUUCUGCAUUCAACAGCAUCUUCAACAAUUCUGGAUUGUUUGGCAUUUACGCUAGCACUGGCUCUGAUUUCGUCGAAAAGGCAGUUGCUGUAGCAGCAGCAGAGUUACUUUCAAUUGCCACAGCUGGACAAGUUACCCAAGUAGAGCUUAAUCGUGCGAAAGAGUCCACAAAAUCUGCAGUUUUAAUGAACCUUGAAUCUAGAAUGAUUGCAUCAGAGGAUAUAGGUCGACAGGUUUUGACAUACGGAGAGAGGAAACCCGUGGAGCGUUUCUUGAAGGCGGUAGAUGAAAUAACGUUGAAGGACAUUACUAGCAUUGCCCAGAAGAUUAUUUCUUCUCCUCUAACGAUGGCAUCAUUUGGGGAUGUUCUUCAUGUGCCCAGCUACGAAUCUGUGAGCUCCUUGUUCAAUGCAAAGUGAGGGUGGCUCUUCAUUUCGAACUCACCAAUGGCCUUUAUUUUUUACAUUUUCCUAAGCAGCGUUUUCAAAAUAUUGAAAUAAAUUUUUUAGUCGGAAGAAAAAAUAACACACACUGAGUAUGUCCAAAAUCUUGCCUGCUUUUUGACAAUUCUCUCGCUUGCAAUUAUUGAGCGGGUCUUUUUUCUCAAGCUCAUGAUCAAUGAAAAUUUUGCAUUCGUUUUAUUUUCUUUUCCUUAUA